UCCUUUCCGGGUAUAGUAUUUAGCCAUUACCCUACGUGCCUCCUUGACGUCAGAAGGUCCUUGCCGUUCAUGGGAGCUUUACCCUUCUACUAGCGGUUGAGCAAGAUGGCGGCACCGCCUCCGGCUACAGGCUUUGCAAGCAAGAACAGAGUUGCUAUUUUGGCAGAACUAGACAAGGAGAAGAGAAAAUUGCUCCUGCAAAAUCAGUCGUCAACAAACAAUCCAGGGGCAAGUGUAGCCCUGUCAAGACCAAAUGUUAACAAGGAUUUCCGUGACCACGCAGAGCAGCAGCAUAUAGCUGCCCAACAAAAAGCUGCACUUCAGCAUGCACAUGCACAUUCAACUGGAUACUUCAUUACCCAAGACUCUGCUUUUGGAAACCUAAUUCUUCCUGUUAUCCCACGCCUGGAGGCUGAUUAACACUGCACACAAGGACAGAACUUAAGCCACUGUUUAAGCUGUCCAUAAGCGUUAUGUAACUUAUGUGUAUAUAUAAUUUUUUUACUUUUUGCUAUUUUUUUAUACAGACAGAUGUUUCCUCACAAGUCAUGAUUUAAAAAUGUGCCAGACAUAAAUUAUGCCAAACUGUAGACUUAAGACUAAUGUAAGAAAACACAGCGGAUUUAUUUGCCCAUAUCAAUAAAAAUGAAAUAAUUUCA